CAAGCAUCGGGGAGGGACAGAAAGAUACAGGGAGCGGCGAGGAAUGCUCCCUGCACCUCACGAGUCGCCGCGGGAGCCGAUGAUGGGUCGGGCCUGCAGCUCUACUUGCCUGUCUUGUGGGGCAGCCAGCCUGGUGGAGUCGUGGAGGCAAAGUGAUGCUCCCCUUCCCCUGAGAUCGCGCAGCCUUUCCACGUGGGGAACAUUCCAUAUGAGGCUACUGAAGAGCAAUUAAAAGACAUCUUUUCUGAGGUUGGACCUGUUGUUAGUUUCAGGUUGGUAUAUGAUAGGGAGACAGGAAAGCCAAAGGGUUAUGGCUUCUGUGAAUACCAAGACCAAGAGACAGCACUUAGUGCCAUGCGAAACUUGAAUGGACGUGAAUUCAGUGGGAGAGCACUUCGGGUGGACAAUGCUGCCAGUGAAAAGAACAAAGAAGAGCUGAAAAGCCUUGGCACUGGUGCCCCUGUCAUUGAGUCACCUUAUGGAGAGACCAUCAGUCCUGAGGAUGCCCCUGAGUCCAUUAGCAAAGCAGUUGCUAGUCUUCCACCAGAGCAGAUGUUUGAGCUGAUGAAACAAAUGAAGCUCUGUGUCCAGAAUAGUCCCCAGGAAGCACGGAACAUGUUACUUCAGAACCCUCAGCUGGCUUAUGCUUUGCUGCAAGCACAGGUAGUGAUGAGAAUUGUGGAUCCAGAGAUUGCCUUGAAAAUUCUGCAUCGACAGACAAAUAUCCCAACGCUGAUUGCAGGCAACCCUCAGCAAGUGCACGGUGCUGGGCCUGGCUCAGGAUCUAAUGUGUCAGUGAACCAGCAGAAUCCUCAGGCCCCUCAAGCCCAGUCUUUGAGUGGAAUGCACGUCAAUGGCACCCCUCAUCUGAUGCAAGCUUCUAUGCAGGCUGGAAUUCCAGCACCAGGGCAAUUACCAGCUUCUGUAACAGGACCUGGCCCUGGUUCCUUAGCUCCUGGAGGAGGAAUUCAGGCCCAGGUUGGGAUGCCAGGAAGUGGACCAGUGUCCAUGGAGCGGGGACAAGGAGCUCUACAGCACUCACCCGUGGGACCUGCCGGGCCUGCAUCAAUUGAGCGAGUUCAAGGGCAGAGAACAUGGAUGAUAUGGGCAUCUGUCCGAGGCUGUACUCCCUCCCUACUGGUGUCAGGAGGCUUGGAUGGAAUAGCAGUCUGUAAGGAGACAGCAGUGCCGAUGCAAGACCCCAGAGCAGCUAUGCAGCGUGGGCCCUUGCCUGCCAACGUCCCAACUCCUCGAGGCCUAUUAGGAGAUGCUCCAAAUGACCCCCGUGGAGGCACUUUACUUUCUGUAACUGGAGAGGUAGAGCCAAGAGGUUACCUAGGACCCCCUCACCAGGGUCCACCCAUGCACCACGUCCCUGGCCAUGACAGCCGUGGCCCACCCCCACAUGAUAUGAGGGGAGGGCCAUUAGCUGAGCCCAGGCCUCUCAUGGCUGAGCCAAGAGGACCCAUGCUAGAUCAGAGGGGUCCACCCUUGGAUGGCAGAGGCGGAAGAGAUCCCCGAGGCAUGGAUUCACGAGGGAUGGAGGCACGAGCCAUGGAGGCAAGAGGAUUAGAUGCCAGAGGAUUGGAAGCACGUGCAAUGGAAGCCCGAGCAAUGGAGGCCCGUGUGAUGGAGGCCCGUGCGAUGGAAGUCAGGGGGAUGGAGGCCAGAAGCAUGGACACAAGAGGCCCAGUCCCUGGCCCUAGAGGCCCUAUACCUAGUGGAAUCCAGGGUCCCAGUCCAAUUAACAUGGGGACAGUUGGCCCCCAGGGAUCCAGACAGGUCUCAGUCAUGCAGGGAGCAGGCAUGCAAGGAGCAAGCAUUCAGGGUGGAGGACAGGCUGGUGGCUUUAGUCCUGGCCAGAGCCAAGUCACUCCACAGGACCACGAGAAGGCUGCUUUGAUCAUGCAGGUUCUUCAGCUGACUGCAGACCAGAUUGCCAUGCUGCCUCCUGAGCAGAGGCAGAGUAUCCUGAUCUUAAAGGAACAAAUACAGAAAUCCACUGGAGCGCCUUGAAAGGUUUUCAAAAAUACCUGGCAACAAUCUGGAAACUAAUCCCAUAACUUUGUUGAAAUGUUGCAAAAAAAGAUGACUUCUGCAUCCUAACUCUUGAAUGACUCAAAGUGGUGCCAGGUGGAGGACUCCCAUCACCUUCUCUCAGAACAAAGUCAAUUCAUUCUGUUGUCUUAGUUUGUAUAUUUUCUGUGACUUGAAAUAAAUUUUGAACACAA